UAUCAUGAACUAUCCAUCUUCCCGGUGAGUAGAAAAACUGUCAAACAAUUUGCAGGGAACCCAAAUUAAGCUAUCAAACUCUGCUCAGUUUGGCUGGACUGUCUUGCCAUCUAUGGCCCUGGCUAUUACUUCUGCACUCUCAACCAUCCCAAGCAGGUUUCGGAUUGAGUACAGAGAAGUGCCUCGGAAAUUUUGCCCAGGAAAAUUAAAACCAUGCAUGCUGGGAAGAAGAACAACCAGUUUAAAUGCAACAAAAGGAGUGUCAAGUGUGUGUGAACCACUCCCUCCUGAUAGGCCAUUGUGGUUUCCUGGUAGCUCACCUCCAGAGUGGCUUGAUGGCAGCCUUCCUGGUGAUUUUGGCUUUGACCCCCUUGGAUUAGGGUCUGAUCCUGAGUUACUAAAAUGGUUUGCACAAGCUGAGCUGAUGCAUGGCAGAUGGGCAAUGCUGGCAGUGUCUGGAAUUCUAAUUCCAGAGUGGCUUGAAAGAUUAGGGUUUAUUGAGAACUUCUCAUGGUUUGAGGCUGGUGAGAGAGAAUACUUUGCAGACCCCACAACCCUGUUUGUGGUGCAGUUAGCAUUAAUGGGGUGGGUUGAGGGAAGGAGAUGGGCUGACAUAAUUAACCCUGGGAGUGUUGAUAUUGAGCCUAAGCUGCCUCACAAAAAGAACCCAAAACCAGAUGUUGGGUACCCUGGUGGGCUAUGGUUUGAUCCCAUGAUGUGGGGAAGAGGAUCUCCUGAGCCUGUUAUGGUGUUGAGAACAAAGGAGAUAAAAAAUGGGCGCCUUGCAAUGCUGGCUUUUGUAGGGUUCUUGUUCCAAGCCAUUUAUACAGGGAAAGAUCCCAUUGAGAAUUUGAUGGCUCAUAUUGCAGAUCCUGGUCACUGCAACAUAUUUUCGGCUUUCACUUCACAAUAUUGAUGCUGUGGGCUUGAAGACUGCUGGAAGGCUAGCUUGUAAUUGAAACACCAAGCAGCCUGCAUGCAUGUAUAUCUCUAAUCUCUGCAUUAUGAGAUAAUCUCUUCUGUUAUAAGAACAAAGAAAUUGUACAUACAAAGAAGCCAAGACAGCCUCAUGACAUCCUUUCUGUAAUUUGAAUAUUCUUUUUUUGUUAAAAGUUCAUGACCGAUGCUUGGGUGGCCAUGGUGAUAUCCAACAAGCAUGAUCAUGAGCAAAGUGUCCAGGCACCAUCUUUGAAACUUGGCUAGAAUUGGUUGUUAUUCACUCAAUUUUAUUUGUUUUA